AUGGCUUGGUCGUUCGCGUUUCGCCGCAUCGUGCCGGCCGCGUUGAUCCUGGCGCUUUUGUGCACGACCGCAACGCUGCUUGGGGCGCAGCGCUUCAGAACGCCCAGGAGCAGCCGGACCGAAACGAUUUUUGUAACAAUUGGCUCCUAUAGAGAUGUUGAAUGCGCCGCGACACUCCUGAGUCUAUAUCGCCAAGCUCGACGCCCCGAGCUCGUAUUUGCCGGCGUCGUAACCUACACCGCGGCUCCGAAGCCUGGAAUUGAAACCGCCGCCGUGGCUGCCGCAGCCGGCGACAUCGCCAACGUCGGCGAAACCGCCACAGCCCAUCCCGAGGCCGGCGACGGCGUCGACGGCGGUGAGGGCUCUUCGCGACUGUCCCUGGAUCUUUCCUCCGCCAAGGGGCCCAGCGUAUCCAGACACCAGGCAGCCACAAUGUACGGCGGAGAGCAAUACCUACUGCAGCACUAUCCGCCUUCCUGGGAUGACGUUUCGGAGCGGCGAGUGCCCGUCAUGUGUCGAGCCCAGUGGGCGGCGGAGGCGGAGGGGCAGUACGUCAUUACCUUGGAGGCCGAGCUCGUGGAGCCCCCCCCCCGCGAGGGGGAGUUCCGGCCGGUGCCCUUCGCGGCAGCUGGAUUCAUGUUUACGGAGGCUCGUGUACUGCAUGCCGUACCCUUCGACCCCACCCUGGAGUACCUCUUUCACGGAGAAGAGGCGUUGUACAGUGCUCGCCUGUGGACGCACGGCUGGGACAUGUUCGCUCCGGACCGCAAUGUGGCCUUCCACCACUACGGCAGGGAGGGAGCACCAAAGUUCUGGAACGUUGCGGCUCUGAUGCUUAGUGAACACGGCACCGGAUUCAAGUACGGCAUGGGCACGCAGCGCACCGUACGGCAAUGGUGGCAGUACAGCGGAUUGGAUCCAACGAAUAGGUCACAAGUGUUGGAUGGGCGGAAGUUCUGUCGGGUAGCGGCGGCACGGCAGCCCCUACAUCCGCUGCAAGGCAGUUCUUGCCCCCACCAUAAGAUCGCCCUUGAUGUCCCCGAAUGGCUGUGA